AUGGCAACCCUAACCCGUACUCAAAUCAUCUCCAACACCAAAAUCUCCAUGCACGUUCUAGAUGCACUGAAAUCUCAGUACACCACCUUAGCAUCCCAUCACGCCAGCAAAGCAAACCCCUUCAAGUCGGAGAUUCUCACCAAAAACUUGGCAAACAUCGAACUGGGCUUGGACGAAGCCCACCUUAUCACCACCCUGGCCACGAUGCUUCAAUCGCUGGAGAUCGAAAAGGAACGACUGCGUCUCCAGGUUAAACGCCUGCACCAGGAAAGUGCCUGGCUACGGGAAGAACUCGCAAGUGCCCAGAACAAGCUUCACACUUCAGAGGAGGAAGUUAUCCAACUUCAGGAGGAGAAGAAACAUCUGGAGUUUACGCUGUCUUUGAAAAAGUACGAAGACAACGAGGAUCACCCACUGGAGAAGUCCCACGUGGAUUUGAUAGAAGAGCUUUUCACGGAAGACUGUUCGGACGGGAGAUCGCCAACUCCGCCGAGUCAGUACAGCGGGUACGAGACACCUCCGAGGUUGCGAACGCUGUACAACUUGGUCAUUGAGUACGCGUCGCAAGGGCGGUACGAAGUUGCCGUUCCGUUGUGUCAGCAAGCCCUGGACGAUCUGGGGAAGACCAGCGGACACAACCACCCGGACGUUGCGACGAUGCUCAACAUUCUUGCCUUGGUGUAUCGUGACCAGGAGAAGUACCGCGAAGCGGUGAAACUGUUGAUCGACGCACUGGCGAUUCGAGAGAAAGUUCUAGGUGAGAACCAUCCUGCUGUGGCAGCUACCCUGAACAACCUUGCCGUCUUGUAUGGAAAAUGUGGCAAGUACAAGGACGCUGAACCGCUAUGUCGGAGGGCUUUGAUAAUCAGACGGAACGUUCUCGGAGAAGAUCAUCCAGAUGUUGCGAAGCAACUCACCAACCUGGCACUUAUUUGUGAAAACCUUCAAAAGUACUCCGAAGUUGAGAAGUUCUACCGGAAAGCCCUGGAAAUCUACGAAGCAAAGCUCGGUCCGGAAGAUCCGAACGUAAACAAAACCAAACACAACCUGGGAAAUUGCUACGUGAAGCUCGGCGAAUACCAGAAAGCCGAAGCCCUGUACAAUCAAAUUCUGACGAAUGCCCCACCAAUCACACCGACCAAAGAAAUCCAAGAAUCCCCAAAGCCAGGCAAAAGUGGGGACGAUCAGCAAAAGGAUCAAAGCCCUGCCUACCGAGAGUACGGCGACUGGCACAAGGCAGCACCGGCGGACUCUCCGACGGUGGCGAAAACGCUCAAGAAGCUGCGGGCGCUGCGCAAGAAGCAAGCGGUGAUGCUCGACUCGACGGACUCGCUCAAGGACUGUGCCCUGCGCAGCAAAAAGAAGGCGCUGGAGCUGGUGGCACGGGCGAAGGCGAUGCGACACAAACCCACAGAAAUCCCUCCGGAUUUGUCCAUUCCGGGCUGUGACCUCCGGAAUAACAAAAAACAACCAGUGACUGCCGGCCCACAUGACGACAUCGGCGCUUUGGAGGAGAACGCGACGUUCCUCGAGAACAAUCCGCUUGGAGGCGGCCUCGGACCAGCAUACUCCACCAGCAGAAUCAGCAAAGUGAGUGCAUUCGUUGCACCGGAGGGGAACAAGACGUUCCUCGAGAAAAACCCACCCGGAGGCGGCCCCAGUACCUACACCACCAGCAGAACCAGCAGCAUGCGUGCAUUCGCUGCACCGGAGGAGAACGCGAUGUUUCUCGAGACCAACCCGCCCGGAGGCGGUCCCGGAUCCUACGCCACCAACAGAACCAGCAACUAA